AACUCGAACUCAAUUAUGAAUCCUUUAGCAGUUUUGGGCUUUGUAGCCAUUGUGGCCGUGGGCUCGUUGGCCUCACCCACUUCCCAGAGUAGCAACAUGAAGCCAUCACAAUGGUUGAAACCCAGUGAAUUGGAAAGUACACCAUCCCUGGAUGAGCUAACCUUUGAACAAUUGGAAAAUAUGCCAUUGGAGAAGGGUGCCAAAUUGGUGCGCAAGAUUUAUCAUUUGUCUCAAAUCGAUUACUCCGUGACGCCCAAUUUUGUGCCCAGCCCCAGCAAUGUCCCCGUCUACAUUUUCAACAACAAGGGCGAAAAGGAAACCUGCAACUUGAACAACUAUGUCGAUAUUGCCAAGAACAAGCCCCGAUUCGGCGAACAAGAAGUCACAGUUUUCAUUACCGGUUUACCCCAAUCCUUGGAUGAUGUCAAGAAGGCCAACAACCGUUUGAUCCAAGCCUACAUUCAACGUUACAGCCAAAAACCCCAACCACCAAAGGAUGAAGAUAGCUCCAAGUGGGAAAAUGAACAGCCAGUUGGUGGUCAUUUGGUUGUCAUCGAUUUGGGUCACACCAUCAACAGUGUCCAACGUUAUACCUCCUUGAACGUUGAAGAAACCGGAAGAAUGAUUGCUAAGACUUUCGCCGAAUUGAUGGAGGAGUGCGAUGUCGAUGUUGAGGAUAUGCAUGUUGUUGCCCAGGGUAUUGCUGCCAAUGUUGCCGGUUCCGCUGGUAAAGCUUUCCGUGACAUAACCAGCCACAAAUUGGAUCGCAUUACUGCUUUGGACCCUGCCCGUCAAGUUGCCAAGAACCCUAAAGUUUUGUCCGGUCUAGCUCGUGGAUCUGCCAAUUUCGUCGAUGCCAUUCACACCUCUGCCUUAGGCAUGGGCACCACCAGACGCGUUGGUGAUGUUGAUUUCUUCCCCAAUGGUCCAUGCGAAGGUACUCCUGGAAGCCGUAAUGUCAUCGAUGCUCAAACUCGUGCUACCCGCUACUAUGCUGAAACUGUACGUCCUGGUAAUAGCCGUAAUUUCCCCGCCUUGGAAGCUAACUCGUUGAAGAAAUACCGUAGCAAGGAAGGUUAUGGCAAGCGGGCCUAUAUGGGUAUUGCCACACGUCGUGACACCACCGGUGAUUACAUUUUGGAAGUCAACGAACAAAGUCCAUUUGGCAAACGUUCUGCUCCCCAACAGAGAUCUGUACAAUCUUUCAAUGAUGAAAGUUAUUAAGG